ACCACAUCUUUAUGGAAGCAACUUUUAAAGUUGUACCUUGUCAACCGGAAAUUCUACAUCGACUUUUCUCAAUACCGUACACGUUCUAUUCAGGAAUGUGCAGGCCUCCAGGACAUUAAACAGGAUGCGUUCCGCCAAAUCAAUCUGAACGAAAACAUCCUGAACCUCAGUCGAAACCGAGGAAGAUUUGGUCGUUUCGCAGCAACAGAAAUUGCUGAGGCAAUGAAUAGCCUAAUUCAAGGACAAAUUACUUUGAUAGAAUGUCUGAGGAGGCUACUACAUCAAAAUGACACUUUAUUCAAUAGAGUACUGAAUUACAGUCUGCAAGUGGACGAGGGCCUAAUGGAAGAGGAGCUGGAGGUCAUCACCAAUGAAUGGAUGAAUGCAGACAUUGGUGCGGCGGAGGAAGUUGUUCUGAUGGAGGAAGCUGCUGCAGUCCCACCUGUAGCCCUUCCAGCUGCUGCCGUCCCACCUGCUGCCGUCUUAGCUGCAGCCUUCCCACCCGCUGCCAUUCCACCUCCUCCAGCCGACCGAGUCCAUCCAAUGCAGAGGAGACCUCGUGGCCGUGGUCGUCGUGGCCAGAAUGAGCCAAGAGGUGCUCGUGAGCAACGGCGUGCACUAGAGACUCAUCCUGGCGGUUUCAGCCACUGUUGCAUUUGUUAUGAUCUACAAGCCACCUAUGCUUCCAUACCGUGCGGUCAUAUUUGCAUGUGCGCAGCAAAAUGGACAGCACAACAUGGCAGAGUUGAGAUGCCCUCUAUGUAAUGUACCUAGUGGAGAUUACAUGAGGAUGUGGGUUAAUCUUUGAGGCAACAUUCUCAGUCCACUUGCACACUAGAUAAGGUGAAAAACUAGUUAAGGUCUAGUUGAAAAAAAUACAGUAGUUUGAUAGUGACAUAGUUUUAGGGUUUAGUGAUAUAGUUUUAGGAUUUAGUGACAUAGUUUUAGGGUUUAGUGACAUAGUUUUAGGGUUUAGUGACAUAGUUUUAGGGUUUAGUGGCACAGUUUUAGUGAAGGUUUAGGGUCUUUGAUUAACUGAAUCCAACUGUUGUCAGUGGAAUUCAAAAUUUGAAAUAUAUCUUGGGGUAAUCUGGGACUAAGUAGGUAUUUCUCUCUUGAGUAGACUUUCAGUUUUUGGGCCUAGUCAUUACCCACAUUUUUUACCAACUACUUCUGCUCAAAAAACCAAUAUUAAAAAUUCAUAUUUAUUUUAAAAAACGAAACAAUACAUUUAAUAAUUCUAUGUUACACAAUAAUUAUAUAUCACUACAGUACCUAAUUAUUAUACUGUAUUGUACAAGAAACAAUAAUGUAUGGCCCCUGUAAUUAAAAUUGUGUUUGGGUUACCAAACUCAAUUUUGACAAAAAUAAGAGUGAGUCAAAUGAUUUUUUAUAUGCCUCUGUAUAUGGUCUUGGUAUCACAGUUGUCUGGGUAAUCCGCAAUCUUUGAGAAUAUAUAUUAAUUACUAAAUUUAAUUACCACUUCUCAAAUAGAAAGCACUUCACGAAAUACAUGAAGUCUUAAAGGAAACACAAGCAGUUGAGAAAAAAGGGGUUAAGCAUGAGCAUGUUCUCAUGUUCCUUUGAACAGUAUUACUCUAACUAACUUUUUUGUGUAAUACACACUAUGAAAUAAUGAAAUAAUAAGUACCUCCCCGUAAUGUAACCCCUUACUGCAAUUUAGAGUUUACUAAUGCAUAGUAAAUGGUUUUUUACACAGAUAGUGGACACAGAGAACGCAAAAAAUAUAAUUUUCUGACCAAAUAUAGAACUUUUCCUUCUUUACUCUGUGCAUUAGUUUUAUAUGUAUAUUUUUAUAUUUGCAUAUAAUAUUAAU